AAUAAGAGCUCAGCAAUCUACGAUCUCUACUCAGUACGUUGAGGGACACGGCUACGGAAUGAUCUCAACGUGGUUGCUGAUGCUCAUUGCUAGCCUCGCGGCAAUAUCUGUCCAAGGGGAAGAACCAACAAUAGUGACGAGGGCUGAAUGGAAUGCCAGAACUCCGAGUGGACCCAUAGACGAAAUGAAAACUCCCCUACCGAGGGCCAUAAUUGCACACACAGCUGGCAUUGAUUGUACGGAUGAUGUGGCCUGUGCCCUACAAGUCCGCAACCUCCAGAUAUUCCAAAUGACCCCAAAAUUCUCGGAUAUUAGCUACCACUAUCUGAUCGGUGGCAAUGGAAAGGUAUACGAAGGCAGAAGUCCUAGCCAAAGGGGAGCAUUCGCUGGCCCCAACAACGAAGGUUCCCUGGGCAUCGCUUUCAUUGGAAACUUUAGUAAGCAGGCACCCACACAGGAAGCCAUCGAGGCGGCUAAGAAACUACUGGAAAAGGCUGUGCAAGAAGGCCAUCUAACCGAGAACUACAAGCUACUUGGUCAUAGGCAAGUGAGCCCCACUGAGAGUCCAGGAGCGGCUCUCUAUGCACUCCUGGAACAGUGGCCUCACUGGUCUUCCAGCAUUUAGAUAGUAACUAAGCUUUCGACACGUAAAGAACUUUCCUUACACAUUUAUUUGUAAAUAUAAUUAUGUAUAAUUUGUUGCUUGCUUAAAUACGAAUACUAAAAUUUUAA